CCCCUUCCCGGAAGCGGGCGCCCGCGCUGGCUGCUGGGAGUUGUAGUUUUCCCUGACCGAGGGCUGGACCGGGUGGGGAGCCGUCGCCGAGGGCUGGUCGGACUCGGUUUCCCACAGUGCCCGGGGCGGGUGUCAUGGCGAAGGAUGACACCGGAGUUUGACGAAGAAGUGGUGUUUGAGAAUUCUCCACUUUACCAGUAUUUACAGGAUUUGGGCCAUACAGAUUUUGAAAUAUGUUCAGCUGUAUCACAGAAGACAGAACAAUGCACAGCAGAGGAGGGGCAACAAGAACAAGAUACCACCCAGAAACAAGGCAUCCUGUCAAAACUAGCUGAGCUCUUUAAAAGCUCAUUUCCUUUUUCACCAUAAGAAAAAGAUGACCUACUCUACCGAUUGGAUGUUGGGUUUCGACUGGACUCUCUCUAUACCAUCCUGCAACAGGAAGUUCUGCUACAUGAGGAUGUGGAGCUGAUUGAGCUACUCGACCCCAGUAUCCUGUCUGCAGGGCAAUCCAAGCAACAGAAAAAUGGACACCUUCCAACGCUAUGCUCCCUAGCAACUCCUAAUAUUUGGGAUGUGUCUCUGCUGCUUGCCUUUGUCAGUGCAUUGAUUAUACUUCCUUCAUGGUGGAAUGGAUCAUUCUGGCUGGUGUGGGGGACUAGUCUGUUUGUCUAUGUGAUCACACGAGCUCUAGGCACAUGGAGGAUAGCCAAGCUGCAAAUGUCCCUGAGAAAAUACAGACUCCAGCUCGAAGAGACAGUGGCAAAUAGCCGCGCUUUUACUAAUCUUGUGAGAAAAGCUCUGCGACUCAUUCAGGAGACUGAAGUCAUUUCCAGAGGAUUUACCCUGGUCAGUGCUGCUUGCCCAUUUAAUAAAGCUGGACAGCAUCCUAGUCAGCAUCUCAUUGGUCUUCGGAAAGCUGUUUAUCGAUCUGUCAGAGCCAACUUUCGAGCUUCAAGACUAGCUACUCUGUACAUGCUGAAAAACUACCCUCUGAAUGCGGAGAGUGACAACGUGACCAACUAUAUCUGUGUAGUUCCUUUUAAGGAACUGGGUCUGGGUCUGAGUGAAGAGCAGGUGUCCGAAGAGGAGGCGCACAACCUCACAGAUGGCUUCAGCCUGCCUGCACUCAAGGUUCUGUUUCAGCUGUGGGUAGGACAGAGUUCAGAGUUCUUCAGACGAUUAGCACUGCUGCUCUCUCCCGUUAAUGCAUCCCCCCAGCCCUUGAUCACUCCAGAACGUUUGCCUCAUUGUAUUUUGUCUGAUGUGACUCAAAGUCUACCUCAAACUCAUGCUGCCUGCUUAGAAGAGCUUAAGCGAAGCUAUGAGUUUUAUCGGUACUUUGAAACUCAGCAUCAGUUAGGCUUGGAAUGUGCAACCAAAACAAAACCAAAGUCAAGAGCUCUGAACAGCCUUCACACAGCCGUGCGCAGCUUGCAGCUCCAUCUCAAGGCCCUACUGAAUGAGGUAAUAAUUCUUGAGGAUGAACUUGAAAAACUUGUUAGCUCUAAGGAAACACAAGAACUAACUUUAGAAGCCUAUCAAGUCCUAGAACAGAAACUAAAGCUGAUUCAGCCUCACAUCCAGGCAAGCAACAGCUGCUGGGAAGAGGCCAUUUCUCAGGUGGAAAAAAUGGUUCGAAGAAACCCGGAUAAAAAGGGCAAACCUGAAUCAUCUUGUGAUAACACACACUGCCCCAUGAUACCAUUACUACAGCCUGCCCUGCAUAUAGAGGACAAAGACCCAAUCCCUGAAGAGCAGGAAUUGGAAGCAUAUGUUGAAGAUACAGAUACAGACAAUGAGUACAAAAGGGAGGACUUUUAUUGCUUUUCCCAGGAAGAGAGAGAGAGACAAAAACGUGAGAGAGAGGAAUCCAAGAGAGUGUUACAAGAACUGAAAUCUGUGCUGGGAUUUAGAGCUUCCGAGGCAGAGAGACAGAAAUGGAAGCAGCUGUUAUUUAGUGAUCAUGCUGCAGUGAAGCCCUUGUCUCCUGUAGAAGCAGUGGAACCCAUACCUAAUUUGGAAUCCCCUCUGAAUGCAGAAGCAGGAAAGCAGGACUGUAGCCAAACUAGUGAUGAUUCUGAAGAGAGGGACUCUAGCCCAAAAGCCCAUGUCACUGUGAGUGAGAAAAGCAGUACUGAAUAUUUAUAUGAAGAUCCUACGAAGGAUGAAAACAAAGACAUUGCUGCUGAUGCAGGUGGCUCUCCAAUGGCUGUAAAAACAACAUGUUACCAGUGUGAGGGUGAAGGAGAUGAAGUGGAGACAACUGGUGUGGACGGAAUGGAGGUUUUACAGCCCCCUUUGAGGGACGCAUUACAAUCCUCCAUCAAGCAAAGGCUGGCUCAGCUCCAUAUAUCAACAGAUUUCAACUUCACAUCAGGUCUGGCUGCACAGGUUGCCGCCAGAUCACUUACUUUUACUACCAUGCAAGAACAGACUUUUGGAGAUGACGAUGACGAGCAGAAGGAUGAGACAGAAGAGAAUGAAAACCAUGUGGAAGAGAACGAGAAUGAAGACAGAGGCUUUAAAAGUGAAAGAGGAUUCUAAGUCCUACCUGAACUUUGUUAAACAUUGUGUUGCCUACUUGAAUUCCAUAAAAGGCAGGUGAUGUGAUUGAAAUAGCUCAGGCACGGAUUCAGAGAUGAAAAUGCUGGAUGGAAAAAUUGAGACCUAAAUGUAAUGCUUACUGUUCCCUAUGUACGAAGCUCUCAAUAGGGCUUUCCCAGUAUAUUGAUGAUUAUAUGCAGGUAAGCUAAGGAGAUAGAGGCUGGACCCCAGGAGUAGUCCUUUGUCUUCUUCUGAUGACACCACUGGUGGGUUUUGGAACUUACCUAAAUAUGUUAUGUUUGUUUAUUUAUAUUAUAUGAUUUUUUUUUCCUAAAAAGAGGAGAAAAUGAUGUCUUGAAUUUCAGCAUAUUCUGUCAUUUCCUGAUAUUGUUGUCAUAGUAGCAGUGUUAAUUAUAACACUAGUCAAAGUGAUUCUUUUUGAAAAACAUAAACUGUGUCAUAUGGUCUUCCACACCUCCUUUGCUUUGCCUGUAGUGUCUGCUAUAUAUUUGUUAACAACCUUACGUAGUUGUAAUUUCAUUGGUUAAAGACCCUCCCAAACUAAAAUGCAAAAUUUUAAAUAAAAAUGUGAAAGUUGA